UGAACAGUGAGGCGAAUGCUCGCCGCAUUGCCAUGGUGGAAAACUGCUUUGGCAGUUCUGGACAGUACAACAAGCAACACAUAAUCCCUUUAGAGGAGGUAAAAUUAGAAUCACUGGAGGAUGAUGGACGUGGUAAGAAGGCGGUGGAGGUUCAUGCCGCUGUGUGGGUGCCAGACUCGGAGGCAGCUGUCUGUGGUAAGAAGGCGGUGGAGGUUCAUGCCGCUUUGGGGGUGCCAGACUCAGAGGUAGCUGUCUGUGGUAAGAAGGCGGUGGAGGUUCAUGCCGCUUUGGGGGUGCCAGACUCAGAGGCAGCUGUGGUAAGAAGGCGGUGGAGGUUCAUGCUUGCUGUGUGGGUGCCAGACUCGGAGGCAGCUGUUUGUAUGCACUGCAAGAAGAAUCAGUUCACUGUUCUCAACAGAAGGCACCACUGCAGGAAGUGUGGGGCCGUAGUGUGUGGUCCGUGCUCCAAUAAGCGGUUCCUCCUCCCCAACCAGUCCUCCAAGCCGCUUAGAGUCUGCCUCAACUGUUACGACACCUUGUCUCGUGCCAAGGCCCAGCAGAACUCCAAUGACAACUCACUAAACAAAUCAGAUAUGAAGGAGCGUAGUGGGUCAGCUGAUUCGUCCGGUGAAGAAGACUCCGAUGAAGAGGAAGACAGAUCCAUGACCAAUGACACUGCUCCAGACCAG